AACCAUGAGCAAAUUUUCUACAUCAUCGAGAAUAUAAGGCCGUUGUUUCGUCAAUACUGUGACACCUUUUGAUGCUUUACUGGCUUUAAUUUCUUCUUUUUUCUUCAAAAUAGUGCAGAUCGUUGAUUGCGACCGCUUGAAGAAUGCUGCAAUGUCUUUCACGCGCUCGCCUUUAUCAUGCAUUUGGAUAAUUUCCUUCUUCAUUUCGACUGUAAUCAUCUCCUUCUUUCUUAUGCUUUCCUUCUUGCUGCUUGCCUUCGUCAUCUUGGGAGCCAUUGUCUUUAGUAUUUGGGUAAUAGUAAUAUAAGCACUAUCACGGAAACACAACACGUGCGCAAAUCACUAAACAAAUUUGAGAGCGUAUCACGGACAGAUGCGUUCAAUCUUAACACCAGCGAGAUAGUGAAAGAGUUAUGGUUUAAAACGGGUCAAGGGAUGCGUGGGAGGAAGUCACGUGACCCUCGUUAAGUUUUGGCCGAAAAAAAUGCGUUCGCCAGCGAGAUAGUGAAAGAGUUAUGGUUUAAAACGGGUCAAGGGAUGCGUGGGAGGAAGUCACGUGACCCUCGUUAAGUUUUGGCCGAAAAAAAUGCGUUCGCAGAUCCCACGCUCAUCCGAUGUCCGAUGUAAACAAAGCAGGCGGCCUCAAAUGAUAGAAAUUCGCGCAUUCGUAUUCCAAGUGAAAUUCGUAUUCCAGAAUGAGGGCGUCACUUCGUAAGUUAAAAAAUUCGUAUACUAAUCGGUUCGUAACCCAAAGUAUUACUGUACUUCUUUUCUUGCAGGUGCUUAUUACAGGACCGGAAGAUACACCAUAUGCCAAUGGCUGCUUUGAAUUUGAUGUUUACUUCCCAGUAGACUAUCCAACCUCCCCACUUCAUAUUAAUUUACAGACAACUGGGGAAGGUCGGGUACGUUUUAACCCCAACCUGUAUCAGGAUGGGAAAGUUUGUUUAAGCAUCCUAAAUACUUGGCAUGGCAGACCAGAGGAAAAGUGGAAUCCUCAAACUUCAUCACUCCUUCAGGUGCUAGUAUCUAUACAAUCUCUGAUUUUCGUCAGUGAGCCUUACUUUAAUGAACCUGGCUAUGAAAGGUCACGAGGAACACCUGCAGCAAUGCAAAACUCCCGUGAAUAUGAUGCCAAUAUCCGUGCAGCAACUGUGAGAUGGGCAAUGCUGAAUCAGCUUCGUAGUCCUUCUCCAUGUUUCAAAGAGGUGAUUGAACGCCACUUUUGGCUAAAGCACAAGGAGAUAAUGGAACAAGUUGAAGGGUGGAUCACUGAUAUGGAGAGCUUGAGUGAAAACAGAAGGGCAGGCAAAACUAUUGCCCACAAUACUGUUGGUCUUAAGAAAAGUUUUCAGUUGCUGAAGGAUGAAUUCAGAAAGAUGAGUCCACCACCCGGGUUGGAAGGUUUCCAUCUUGCUUCUAGUCUUUUGAAUGCAUGCAGCAGCAGGGCGACUUUAACAAAACCCCAUACUACUUUGACUUCUGAAAAAGAAAGAGAGGAGCAACAUACUGAAGUUGAGAAUGAAUUGAAAGGUGCAACUGGAGGCCAGGCUGGGGGCCCAGUUCGUACCAGAACAAGAAAAACAUCUAGAGCUAAUUUGUUUAUGAGUAAACCGCACAGUGAUGCUAAACACCUGAAUCAUAAUUCUGCAAUCCCAGCCACAAAAAGUAUUGCAAGUACAUCAGCGACAAGUAGCUCGCCCUCGUUGAAAUCAGUCCAGCAAGGCAUACUCAAUCAAGAUUCGGAGGACGAGAUUAGUAUUGGUGUAGCAUCCUCUCCAUUAGGGGAUAAGGAUAUUGUUUCGGUAAUACCAGACAUUGUGCAGACAACUUGCUUCACAAGUGAAAAUGACAAAUUAGACACUAGUUGCAAAACAGUAGAUGUUGAUGGACAAGUUUGCAAUCAUGUAAAUCAUAUAACUUCCUCUGUGAAGGAAACAACGCCAGCAGACACUGCUAGUUCACAAAGCACCUCAGCAGGAAUGCCUUGCUAGCAUAGAGUGUAUAGGCAUACAGUAGUUUGUUAUCAAUAUCUCUUUCUUUCAUCAAAAGUACUUUUCAUGCCUUUACUUUGUGCACUUAUAAUUUCCAAAAGCAUUUAUGUUUUGUUAGUGUCAAGAAUUCUGGAAAGAACACUCCAUCAUUCAUAUAUAAUUUUUGUGGUUUUUAAGCUUUCUCUUUAUGAAAUGAGCUCCCCUAACCCAAUUUAUGAACAGUACAUUCCAGUGAUGGGUGUGAUGACCUAUAUUUGGUAGUAGGUGGAGCCAAGCUGUGUGUUGGCCUUUCGUCUUGAGAUUUUAUAUUUGAUAAUGAAUACUGAAAACUGUGGUUUUCAUUAUAACUGUGAUUUAACUGAUAGUGAAAUAAAGGGAAUGAAUGAAUACAGUGUUGAUACUUGUUGAAUCAUGAACCUCUUGCAGAUACUUUUUUGAAAUCUUUGUGCAUUUAUGAUCUGAUGCAAGCGCUUGUAAGCACCACAAAGUGAAUACAUCAUGUUUAGUUGUGAUUAUGUUUACACAAAGAUACACUGUAAUAUAACAAUGGUCUGCAUGACUUUUUUUUAUUAUUUUUUUUGCUAGUCAGUGUGUGAAAUGUGUUCGGUGUGACUAAUCCAGCAUAUCUUUCAUACUGCAGUGUAUUGACUAACACACAUGAAAGAUGUGGAUAGGUGAUGUACAAAUUAUUUCUUAACCAUAUCUUAAUUGAUGUGCAUAGUAUAUGGGACUUUCAGAAAGAGUGACCGAUUUUUUUUUCCAUUCCUUUAGUUUCUGUUUGAUAAGCCAACCAAUCCUUUAGUCUGAUUGGUGCAGCUCUUGUAAUCACAAGUGAUGAGAGAAAAAUAAAAUGCCUUUUUGAGUGUGACUUGUAGAUUGUGAUUGUUAGAUUUGUUUAUAUAAUUUCUCAGGUACUGUAUAUUCAUCAUGCCUUUAUUAUUAGCAAGUCAUCUGAAUUGUGGCAUUGAAAUUUGCCUAUCAGAUGAGCAUCGUUGCAUAUCGUGAUCUAUAGAAUUUGUAAAUUGGACUCUUGAUUCACCUGGUAUAGCUUAUCAUAGUUUUGUAAAUAUAUCUAAAUGUUAUUUAGCCAUUAAAAUGUACAGGAAUGUA